AUGUCAACCCUUCGACCGAACUCGCAAUCACAGCCUUCGGGUGAAGACCGGGAUUUCCUAUCUAACUUUCUCUCCGAUAUGACAAAACAGGGAUUGUCCUCCUUACACUCACCCCAGUCCGUCCCUGUCUGCGACGUCUCCCACGAUGGGCAUAGGGUAGCUCUUGUCAAGCUCGAAGAUACCAAGGUAUACAUACAAGGCCUCAAAUUUGAUCAGAAAGAAAGACCAUUCACUGAUGACAUGAAAACCGUAGAACGAAGAGUGCUGCGAUCAAUACAAGUUCCAAUAGCAUCCCGGAGGGCACAGUGGUCAGUGAAAAGAUCAAGUGAACCUCGGAAGCAUCCAGAAUGCGAUGGCUAUUACAACUAUAAGAUUGAGAUGAGUUGGAAAGACAUCGACGAUGACGAUUGGAACCGAUACUUGAAUCAAGCAGCAUUGUCCCCAAUUUCGCUUCCGCCAGAUCGACCAGAGACUUACACAGCUUCUGCGUCCACAAUAGACGUCCCGCAUUUGAUAUAG